AUGAGAAGGUUGCCUGCACUGGGUGGUGGGGAGGGGGUUGGCCUCUCUGGGGGAGCCCUCCCCCUCAGGCUGUCCCCUCCCCAGGUGGUGCUGUCCUCCUCUCUUCGUCUGGGAAAGGGCAAGCUGGCCGCCCACCUGGCCCUGGCUCACCCCUUCAGCCUCUCCUGGUGGCGGGCCGAGGCCAGUGGCCUUGCUGAGAGCAGGGGUGGCAGGCAGAGCCGGCAGGUACAGCUUGCCUGGAAUGGAGGGCAGCCUGCGACUUUGCAGCUCACCUGGGCCAACAGGUCCUUGGCGCACAGCACCUCCUGGGAUGGUUGCGUGGCCACCUCCCCGGGGCAGCUCCAGGACACCUGGGGCCUGGGCGCCCUCAGGGCCUGUGGGGCCUUAACACAGACCCCAGCCGUGUUCAGCGAGUGGCUCGAUCUGUCCUGGGACGGACGCCGGGUGCAGCAGAACCUGACGUAUGAGAGGCACCAGCCGUCCCGCCCGGACAAGAUCCGUGCAGAGGCCACACUGGAGCACGUCCUCACGGCCUCCUGCACCACGCAUAGUUUCCAGGGAGUCGUGGAGACUGACUAUGCCCACUGGCUGCGCCAUUCCCUGCAUCUGGGGCUCUGCCACCUGCCCAGGGCCCUCUCGGUCUCCGGGGAGCACACCUUGGGCAGCGGUGGGCUUCUGCUACACUCCAAAUGCCAGCUGGGCCUCGCCCCAGACCCAGACCACAGCCUGCACCUCAGCCUGACCCUCCGCAACCACAGCAGGCCCUGGAUGCCUGACUUCUCCGGGGAGCUAGAGCUCCGCGGCCCCAAGGCUCAGCAGUUUGGCCUGCUGGGUCGGGUCUCCACCUCAGCUUCUCGAAGCUUGGUCCAGCUGGAGGGAAAUGUGGACGACGGGGACGAGAAAGUGAGGCUGUUGGUGUCCCGGGCCCCGAACUGCUUCCAGGCCUCGGUGGCCCACAAGGAAGGGAGCCAAGAGGAGAGUGUGGUGCUGCGGGCAUGUGCCCACAGGCGGACUGCGGAGGUGGAGGCCCUGCUCCAGGACAGCGGGCAGCCCAUCCAGCCCCUGGGACGCCUGACCCUGCAGGCCGCCAACCAGAGCCUCCGCGUGGCUGCACACGGCUGCCAGGGGACCCUGCUGGGCCACGUGGAGUCCAGGGUGGCUGCUCUUGGGUCCCAGGUGCAAGCCCGGCUGGAGGAGAAGAUCCAUGGCUUGGACGCCUACGUGAGAAGGUUCCAGCGCCUGGUGCAGCCGGCGGGUGCCCUGGAUGGCAUGGCAGGCCCCCUUCUGCAGCUGUGCCAGGCGGGGCUGGGGGCCGUGCGGGAGAGCGGCCGGGCGGUGGCCACGCUGUGGGACCAGAGCCGGGCCAGGCAGGGGCUGACACACCGCGUGGCGCUCUACCUGGAGAGGCUGCAGGCAGGGCUGGAGCAGCUGCGGGAUGAGCUGGAACGGCCCCUGGCCACGCUGAAGGAUGCCUACUUGGAGGUGACAGUGCAGCCCCUGGACAAGGUGUGGCAGGAGCGGGCCGAGGAGGCCGUGCAGCGGCUGCAGGCCUGGGUGUCUGGGACGCCAGGGACCUGGGGGUCCGGGCCCAUCGCUGCGGCGCUGGAGGCCACGAGGGGCGCCCUGGAGCUGGCCAUCCACCAGAUGCUGUCUUGGGCUGAAGCUGUGUUCUCACAGGCACUGAGGCAGCUCUGCAAACCCUUGCUGGACCUGUACAGCUUCUCAGCCAGGGGACGAGCCCCUGGACGUGGCCCGGGUGACCAGCCACCUGGUGGAGGAGAAGCUGCUGCGGCCACUCCGAGAGCUGUAUGGGACCAGCGUGCUGGCCGAGUACCACCGGCUCAAACACCGUCUGCUGGGGGCCCCCUCUGGAUACCACGCUGUGGUGGCCGGCACCAGGCAUGUGGUGACCUUCGACGGCCAGGUGUGGGGCAUCAGUGCCCACUGCAGCAGCCUGCUGCUGGCCAAGGACUUCGCUCACGACACGUUCUCGCUGACGCUAAACCGGGCGGGCUCGGGGCUCACGUCCCUGACCGUGGAGUUGAACCACACCACCCUCAUCCUCUACCCCAGCCUGAAGACCUACAGGCUGUACAACUCUUCCCUGCCUGGGGAGAGCUGUCUGCACCUGGAUCUGCCUCCCGCCAAGACCAGGAGGAACAACGUCCCCAGGAUCGAGCUGACCAGUGAGGACGGUGUCUCUGUUGUCUGUGACCUCCACGCCAGCCUCUGCAGCCUGACUCUCAGCGUCUGGCAACACGGCCUGUCCGCUGGCCUUCUGGGCACCAACGACAACGAGGCAAGCAAUGAGCUGAUGCUGCCGGACGGCACGGUGGCCAGCAGCCUGGAGGAGGUCAUCCCCGCC